UCAGGGUGACUCAUUGGUGACUGGAGUGCGAUCGUGAGUGGGCUGUGCGUACUAGGCUUCCUCAAGAAAAUUGUGUCUAAAGCAUAUUAAUAUCGUGAAUUAUUCGCAUCAAUGUUCAUGGAGACCACUAUGUAUAACGAAGACACGUAUAAAGUUUACUCCAAGGAAAACGUAGCCCAAGCUAAGCGAAAGCUAAGGUUGGAUCUAAACAUUCCCGGCAAUGGAGCUAAACGACAACGGCCAGCGUCGCUCAAUCCUCUCCUCACAUCACCAGACCUAAAUAUGCUCAAACUUGCCUCUCCCGAGCUUGAUCAACUGGUGCUACAACAGGUUGGUGGACAACAUUUGUUCCCGCGUGUCACGCACGAACAGGAGGAAUUUGCAAAAGGAUUUGUCGAUUCCUUGGAACAGAUGCACAGUCAGAAUAACCUUAGUAACCACCAAAUUCCUCAUAUUAUUGUUACAUCUAACAACAAUACAUCUCAGUAUACACAACUGCAGCCACCUCAAGCACAGCCAUUUGCAACAAGUAAUCAGCAUAUCAAAGAAGAGCCUCUUACUGUACCAUCAUCAUCUCCACCUCUUUCACCCAUCAAUAUGGAGAAUCAAGAACGCAUCAAACUUGAGAGAAAAAGGCUCAGGAAUCGCCUUGCUGCAUCCAAGUGCCGGAGGAGGAAGCUUGAAAGAAUAGGACGACUUGAGACUAAGGUGGCCGGCUUGAAGGCAGAGAACAGUGAUCUACAAGCAGUUGUCAAUAGAUUGCGAGAUCAAGUGUGUGCGCUUAAGAAGGAAGUAAUGGAACAUGUUCAAUCAGGGUGUCAAAUUCCAUUUGUUACUCAUGGAUAAAACUUUUCAUGUUUGUAAAGCAUCUGUAUAGGCUACAAAUCUUUCAUCAUGAUUAAAUUCUUAAGCAAACAUUAUAAUGGUAAAUGGAUGUCUGUGGGGGAAAGUCUUAGUUAGGUAUUCAAAAUAUAAUGAAGUUUUCAUUUAUCAUAUAGGCUAGGUUUAUGUGAUUAUGCAGUUUAUGCUGAGUCUUUUAUUUGGGAAAUUACUGUAAACUUGCCUAUUCCUAACUGUAACCAUAAUGCUUUUGUUGUCUUGGUUUACAAAUUUCAGGUUAGAAAAAUCAAGUGUUCUGACAAUAAGUAAAAAAUCUCUAAGUAAAAUACACAAAUUUCAAUAGUUUUUGUGAAAUUCAUCUUAAAUCAUCUGUGCACCUCCUUAGAUUCCUGAUAAUUUCUUGAAAUUUGUAUGUAAAACAUUAAAUAGUUUUAA